ACGAAUGCUGGCUUCUACAAGGAGUCUCUUGGAAUUCUCUGUACGCCUUAGAAGAGCAGUCUUCCAGCUAGCGUCCACAGCUGAGUCUUCUAGUUUGCUUCGUGAGUAGGUGGCGACAAUAGAAUCCAAGUUCCUCUCUGCAGAGUUAACUACCGACAUGGACGGUAGCGACGGCGAGAAACCGAAUGGUAGUGAGCUAAACUCUGACAACAGUCAAGAAGCAAUGUCAGAAGAACUUGCUAUGAUAGUGGAUGCCUUAAAUGCUGUGGACAGAGACGCCGAUAAUCCAGCACAAGAUGAAGGCGUCGAGAUGAUUAGCCUCGAAAAGAGCUCUUGGGAGGCGAACGACAGCGACAACGAACGGCAAAGUAGAAGGUCAGAUACACUGCCGCUCGCGGAUGCUGGAUGGCAGUGCAGACGUGGUUCUGAUGAUACAGCCGGGCACCACACGGACGCAGCAACAGCACAGGCAGAAUCGUUACAGAGCAACUUACCAGUCAGAAAACCCAAGAGUGUUGCAGUGAUGGUUGUUCUAAGCAAGUGUUCCUGUGGGUCCUACCUCAAGACUGGCACCAUCAUCACUUCUGUCUUCUGUCUGGUUUUGUGCCUUGUGGAGAUAGCAACAUUACCGUACAUUUCGCUCACCAUUGAUACUGAUAUGAACAGGCUGAAGCCAGUUAUUUUGACACAAAUCGUUAUAGGCUUCGCGCUGUCCAUUAUCCGUAUUGUCUGUAGCAUACUUCUCCUCACUGGAGCCAUUCAGAAGAAGGCUGGCAUGCUUCUUCCAUGGAUGGCUGUGGAAGCCGUCGUGGAUGUAGGAACGGCUGUAGUAGGCAUUAUCUUAUGCAUUGCUCAUUUCCCACAUCCCCACACGGCUUUCAUCGGCUCUAUUGAGUAUGCCUUUACCGUCAUCUAUGUGUUGUUGGGUGGGUACGUCCUCAUAGUUGUCUACAGCUACUACCAGACUCUACGUACCAACUCAGGUUCUGUCAGGCUGUUAGAGGACAGCGAGACUGCAGAGAUGUGAAGGAAGGUGACUAGUGUUGACAGCUUAAUUCUCCAUUACUUAUGUGAAAUGUGCCACUGAUGGAAUUACUGCUGGCUCUGAUUCUUACUUGUGCAUACAUCUGUCAAUGUGGAAGGAACCAAAGGUAUCAGUUUUCUCUUCUGUUUUUGCCUGCGCAUCUACCAUCCAGGCAUAACGUUUAUAAUGAAUAGUGUCUAUAUUUCAGAAGCCAUAUAUCUCUGACGCAACUUGCCCUUCCCAUUUUCACAAACAGAUAAUUCCGUAACUGAUUCCAGAUAGCACAGAAGUGUUCAGGUAUUAAUUUUGCACUUUUUCAUAGAAAUUCGUGUAUACCAUCCUCAACUGUUGCUUCUGGGAAAGGGUAAUUCACUAUGUGCUUUUCAAUGAACUCAGACAAACGUUAAUUUCUGCCACUGCAGUUCUAUUUUUGUAAGUGACUAAUGAACAUGUGCUUUGUAGGACAAAAUGUGAGAUGUUCCAGCUGUCUAAUGUUUCUGACUGAAGAUUA